AUGACCAUCCCAGUUAGACAAGAAGGUGCUGAAAAAAUAGUUUCCUACAUUUCUUCAGAAUUCUCUGAUGAGUUACCACGUCCAAAUCCUGAACGGAAACAUGUUUCCGACCUAUUCAAAUUAACUGAUAAAGUUGCUGUUGUUACAGGUGGUGCAAGAGGUAUUGGGUUCGCAAUAGCUGAUUGCUUUGCAGAAGCUGAUGCUAAAGUUGUUGUGUUGAUUGAUUAUUCAAAUGAUGUUGUUGAAGUGGCUCAAGAGUUGUCUAAAAAGAAUAAAGGUAGUAAGAUUGUUGGUUAUAGAUGUGAUGUUUCAAAAUCUGAACAAGUUGAAGAAACUAUAAAUUCAAUUGAGUCUGAAUUUGGAACUAUUGAUGUAUUUGUUGCUAAUGCUGGUGUUGUUUGGAAGACUGGUAAUGUGAUUAAUAAAGAAAAUGAUGAUUAUUCAAGUUGGAAUCAAUUAAUGGAUGUUAAUUUGAAUGGAGUUUAUUAUUGUUCAAGAUUUGUUGGUCGAAUUUUCCAAAAGAAUCAAAAGGGUUCAUUCAUUAUAACUGCUUCAAUGUCUGCACAUAUUGCAAAUGUUCCAAUGAAUUUAACUCCUUAUAAUGUUACAAAGGCUGCAGUGAAGCAUUUAGCUAAAUCAUUAGCUAUUGAAUGGGCAGGUUUUGCAAGAGUUAAUUCAGUUUCUCCAGGAUAUUGCGAUACUGGAUUGAAUGAUCAUUUAUCAAGAUCUUUUAGAGGGAAGAUGUGGUCUUUGGUUCCAGUGGGUAGAGAAGCUCAACCUUUUGAAAUUGCAAGUGCUUAUUUAUAUUUGGCAUCUGAUGCUUCAUCUUAUGUUACCGGUACUGAUAUUUUAGUUGAUGGUGGUUAUACUGCUGUAUAG